CACAUCGUGACCGCUACAUGCUGCCUUCCUUGACAGCUCUCGUGUGACUCGAUCGAGCCGUUACAGCACUUCAAGCCCUUUGUAAUACUUAUCAGGCCACAUAUUUCGACUAUCGCAAGGAGCACCAUUACUGCUUGGUGACAAGCUCUACUACUCCUCUCCUUCCCUUCGAGCUCCUCGAAGCUCGCGCAUAACCAUCACCACGUCAUUCGUUCUUCCUAAUAGCACCUCGGCCCGAGGAAUCUCUCUGCGUGGCUCUCUUUCGAUCACCAGAUCAAUCUUCUACUUCGGAAGCCAAAAACGCCCACACAGCAUGCUCAACCCAAAACGAGUCGCCGCAGCAGCCUCUGCAGAGGAGGACCAGAAGCAGCAACAAGCUGCUGCGCAGGAUUCUUUGAAGCGGCAACUAGCAAACCUGAGAUUCAUCGACAUCGGUGUGAACUUGACGGAUGGCAUGUACUCAGGCUCUUAUCAUGGCCACAAGUCUCAUCCGCCCGAUCUCGAUAGCGUCUUGGGCCGUGCAAGAAAGGCUGGGGUGAUCGCACAGAUCGUUACAGGCGGAAGCCUCAGCGAGUCUCGACAUGCUCUGGAUCUCGCGGAGAAGCACGAGGACCUUUAUAGCACGGCAGGUUGCCAUCCUACCAGAGCGAGCGAAUUCUCAAAGUACCACAAGGGUGGUCCAGAUGGGUAUCUAGCUGCGCUGACGCAGCUUCUUGAAGCUCACUCUGCGCCGCAAGAUACCCCGCAGCCGUCCAAGAAGAUUGUCGCCAUCGGCGAGUGCGGACUAGAUUAUGACAGGCUGCACUUCACUGGCGCAGAAGAACAACGCAAAAGGUUCGCAAUGCAGCUCGAUCUCCAAAAGAGAUUUGGUUUGCCGCUGUUUCUUCAUUCUCGAGCAGCGCAUCACGACUUUAUGGCGAUCAUAAAGCCCCACUUGGGAUACAUGCGACAGUCUCGCUUCGCAGACAAGGCUUCGGAUAAGCAAAGGUGGGGAGUCGUCCACUCCUUUACUGGUUCGGCGCAGGAAGCGCAAGACUAUCUGGAUGCUGGCUUUUUUGUGAGCAUCAAUGGAUGCGGCAUGAAGACUCAGGAGAACCUUGACGCGCUCAAGGCUGUCCCUCUAGAGCGCUUGCUGCUCGAAACUGAUGCGCCCUGGUGCGAGCCGAGAGCUACUCACGCAUCAGCCAAACACAUCGAUGCAUUCAAGAAGAGGCAUCCCGACUUGGCCGAGCUGUACUAUCCCGCCUCAUCUAAGAAGGAGAAGUGGGACGCGGCGAAAGCGGUCAAGUCGAGAAAUGAGCCUUGUGGUAUUGGAGGCAUCGCGGCGGUGGUAGCGGCCGUGCUAGGUAAGACCUUGGAGGAGGUGGUGCAUGCUGCGGAACAAAAUAGCCAAUGGUUGUUCCGAAUAUGAAUAGAUGCUUUGCGCAC